CAUGGCAGCAGAAGCGAUAUCAAAAGAUGUUGGUGAAAUUUACUCCAGAUUGUUCGACCAUAAACCUGUGAUACAGGGUGAGAUCAACUAUUUCAUCAAAGAGUUUGAGGAAAAGAGACAAGAUCGAGAGGUAGAAAGGCUCCAUAAGAUGGCAUAUCACAUGGAAGAACUGAACAAUAAGGUUAUGCCCGAGUGCCACAAUAACAUGGAAAAAUACCUUGGUGAUAUUGAAGCAAAAAUAAAGGCUGCAACCUAUAUGUGCAACAAAGUGACUGAAAAAGAGGCUGCAUUGAACUCUGAUGAGUUGUUGAAGUCCUCGAGAGCUGCAAGGGUUAAGGAGUGGUCUGAAUUCAUAGAAGAGAUGUGCGAGAAGAGUAAAGCAGUGGAUGAUAACCACGAAGAACAAGCUCAAAAACUAUUGAAUCAUUACAAAGAACUAGAGGAGAAUUUACAUAUUGUGCCAUCACCCUAUGGAACCCCAUCAAAGUGAGAAUUUACAUAUUGUGCCAUCACCCUAUGGAACCCCAACAAAGUGAGAAUUUACAUAUUGUGCCAUCACCCUAUGGAACCCCAACAAAGUGAGAAUUUACAUAUUGUGACAUCUCCCUAUGGAACCCCAUCAAAGUGAGAAGAGGAAAGGAUAUUCAUUUCUUCUUAUUUGGUUUGUAAUUCAAAAAGAAGUAUAGGUAUUCAAAUAUUUUUUUUUAGUAUUUAAGAUUGUUGUACUAGAUCACAAGGUACAUGAUGCUUUGUAAAUGUAUGAAUGUUGAUAGCAUUCCAAUGCUAAUGAAUUGAUGAAUAUUUGUGUUAAUAUUCAGUAAAUAUUUUAAUGCUUAAUAUAAUGUCAAUAUGGUAUAUGUUCUGUAUAUAUGAAAGGAAUAAAUAAAGUGC